GAUGCUUCAAAACUCCAGGCCCGAGCCAACAUGAGCGUGUGUGAGUGAGACUGAGGGUACGCGUGUAUGUCUGCGGUGCAGUGUCUGCUGCUGUUGGCUCAGUCUGAAGAACCAGUCUGCUACUGAGGGUGAGAGCGGCCAGAGACGCAGCAAGUACCGAGCUAAGGAGAGAAGCUCCAUGCGCACUGACACGCUGAUUUACCAUCCAGCCAUCCUGGUAACGGCGUGCGCGGCUUUGCCCAGUGAACGCAACUCUGUAGUGAGAAGCAACACCUCUCUCCACGCUGCUUCUUAAUAAUACGAACUUGUUGUGAAGGCGCAGGCAUGGCACACUUGGGCGCACUGUGCUUGUACUUUCUGAAGCUCCUUAUCCCGGCGGUGAGAAGCGGGGGCGGCGGCACCGCUGAAGACAUAGACGUGUUGGUGUUUUUGCCCCAAGACAACUCCUAUCUGUUUUCACGCGCCAGAGUCGCUCCGGCGAUCCAUUACGCACAGCGGACACUCUCUGCGAACGCCGGAAUUUACUCCGGCUUCCACUUCAACAUCCACUUUGAGAACACCGACUGUGCCAACGGGGCGGUGUUGAAGCUGGCGGACAGGUCGUGCGGCCACAAGCCAGACCUGAUCCUGGGGCCGGUGUGCGAGUACGAGGCGGCGCCGGUGGUCCGGCUGGCGUCUCACUGGAACAUCCCGGUCAUCUCGGCAGGUGCUCUGGCCGCCGGCUUCAGCGCCAAAAAGGGAGAGUAUUCUCACCUGACGCGCAUCGCUCCGUCCUACGAGAAGAUGGCAGAGGCCUUCGUGGCGAUGUUCGAGCAAUUCGCCUGGGGGAGCGCGCUGCUCCUCUACGAGGACGACAAAGCGGAGCGCAACUGCUACUUUACCAUGGAGGGGGUCUUCAACCUGAUGGCCCACUUUUAUAUCAGGACCUACUCCUUUUCCGUGGAGGAGCGCCUGGACACUGAGAGCAUAUUGGAGAGUAUGAACGACAUUGAAGUGGUCAUCAUGUGUAUGGGAGCCGAAGGAAUACGAGAGGUCAUGCUGGCAGCACACAGACGGGGCCUGACCAAUGGCAGUUAUAUGUUCUUUAAUGUUGAACUCUUCAAUGCCUCGUCCUACGGAAACGGGUCAUGGAAGAGAGGAGAUAAUUACGACAACGAUGCAAGACAGGCCUACGCUUCCCUGAACACAUUGACGCUGCUCAGGUCAAUCAAGCCUGAGUUUGAGAACUUCACUGUGGAAAUGAGACAGUCCAGUGAAAAAACAGAACUUAGCAACUGCAAGGACUGUGAAAGUGUCAACAUUUUUGUUGAGGGAUUUCAUGAUGCCAUGCUGCUGUACGCCAUUGCUUUACACAAGGCCAUGAAGAGUGGAUACAGUAAGAAGAAUGGAACAGCGAUCACUUCUCGCAUGUGGAACAGGACAUUUGAAGGAAUUGCUGGCCAAGUGUCCAUAGAUGUAAAUGGAGACAGAAACGGAGAUUUCUCCCUGAUGUCCAUGACGGAUGUUGAGGCAGGAACCUAUGAACUGGUGGCCAACUACUAUGCUGAAAAUAAAUCUUUUGUGAAGCUGCCAGCCUUCAACGACGAACAUUUUACUUUGAAAGGAUCACCUAUAUCACAGCCAGAGAUGACAAACAAAUCAUGUGGACUAGGAGUGUCAGCGCUGACCGGAGUCAUAGUGGGAGCUGUGCUGGGAACAGCUAUGCUUAUAGGAUUCUACUUUUUCAGAAAGAACUACAGGAUCACUGUCGAGCGCCGCUCGCGCAUUGAGGAGAGCAACACGGGGAAGCACCGCCAGCUACGAGAAGACUCUGUCAGGUCGAACUUCUCAGCAGCGUAACCAGCGUUCUUGGCUCUGACUUAGCCAAGAACGCUGAGACUGAGAUUUUAUGUUUGUAUCCUUCUGUAUUUUGACCUCUUGUAACUCAGGACAGUUGUAAAACAGUCACAAAGCACCACUUACUUUGGACUUUGUUCUUCCAUACAAAGGUAUAUGAUUGUACUGGUGUAUAGACAGCUUUGGCCAUAUGUAUCUUUGGAGAAGGAUGGUUGACAUGACUGUGAACUAUUCAGGACAGAUAGUGUAUGUGGGAUUUUGUGUGUGUGCGUUUUUGUGUGUGUGUGUGUUAACAUGCACAACACGGAUGGUGAUGUCUACUGUACUUUUGCCUUUCAGGUUAAUGCACACAGGCUUGAUGUUUAGGUGAGUGAUUGCAGAAAAAAAAACGGCAAACUUGAUAUAGCUGGGGUUAACUGAUGAAAAUGGAUAUAGGCCAGAUCUAUAUCUACAUGCAUAGGCUAUAAGCUACUGAUAUUGUAAUGUUUUCACUUUACCUUGGUAAACUACCAGCAGCCUCCAUUCAAACCCAGUUAAUUUUCUUCACAUCACUGCUGAUUCUUUUACCACUUUAGAUCAUGGCAGGAGCAGACAUUUUGUUUCUGUUAUUCUUUCAUAAAUACACAAAAAAUUGUGGUACUGCUCUCUAAAGAAGAAUAUUUUAGAACUUCCUGUUUAUUAAUAAAUACAAUUGCUGGGUUUCCCUAUACAUUUGGUAAACAGGAGAGUGAGCAUAAAUCCACCAAACUUCAAAAAAAUCUGCUGACAAUAAAGCAUCUAAUGUGUUUUUAUGAUCUUGGUGAUUUCCCUGACUCACCUCACAAUCAGAGGUGACUACGACUGAAUGUUGAUUUCAUUUCAAGUUUUUUUAUGCCGAGUUGUUUUUUUUAAUAUUAAAUUUUAAUACAAUUUUCCCAUAAUGAACAAAUUGGUCUAGCUUCUAGCUGAAGCCUCAGUAUCCCCAACUUCAUCUUAUUUGAAAAAAAAAAGAAACACUUUUUUUAAUGAAAUAUACUUUGUGACUUAGUAUUUCGGGGCAAAGAAGGCACAGUGAAAACAGUUCAUGUCUGCCUCCACAUUCUAAUCUUCUUCCUGUCCCAUUGUAAAUCCCAGUAGGUCACCCAGUUACAGUGAGGCGAGUAGGAAGAUAAUCCAGUGUAAAAGCUGCUUAAUAUUAACUAAUUAUGUGAUUGAAUUAUUACCAUUAUAUUCAUCUUCAGAAAGUGGAGUAGAGGCUUUUACCCAUGGACAUUUCUGUGUGAUACAGUAUACUUCAUGAAGAGCAGAGACUGCAGAAAGGCCAUCAUUUCCCCCUGCUUUAAACUUUAGUGAGGUUUAGAUGUGUAUAAAGGUCUCUGUUAGUGAUAUUCUUGGUGCAGAAUCUAAGGACAGGGGUUUUUGUUUUAGAAACAAAAUAAUGUCAGUGAACUUGUUAAAUAAACUCAGAACAUCUGCUGGGUCACUUUGUGUAGUGACAGUAAACAGACAGUAAGGAGCACCACACGCACUUCCUUUAUGUAACCAUCUGUAUAAUGUUACUAUAAUGACUUUUGUUAUCUUGUAAGGUAUAGUGACCUUAAUGUAUUUAAAUUAUUUCCUGUUAUUUAUAACACUAGUAUUUCAAAAACCUGUUUUCCUCUGGAUUUUCAAUUAAACUUCCUCCUAUUGGGUUUCUUCCUAAUUAUUUCUGGAUCACAGCUGAACAGACUCCAAUUGUGGCAGCAGAACACUGCGUUAGAAGUGUGUACGCUUUGUUGUUGGUUUAGAACUGCGUUCCUAGAACGCUCAUUACGGUAUAAAGUGGGUUGCUAAUACUACAAUGAGCUACUUCACCUGUUUCCGCAGCAGCUCAUCCAUCUCAUUCUCUCUCUUCCUCCUCGGCUUCUACUCAAACACUCUCUAUGUCCUCUUUAUUAUUCACCUAAAUAGACUAGCUAUAAAUGAGGUCUUUAAAAUUAGAUAUAUGUGAUAUUUGGCUUAUUUGUUAAAAGAUGAACAGGUGUUCUGACGGAUCAGUAUACACCAUCAGAAUAGCAUAGGUCCCUCAAACUGAUAGUUAUCAGUUUAUAUACACAGAAUAUAUAC